AUGGGAGAUGCAUGCCCAGUUUCACAAAUUUCACCACGUCGAUCUGCCGCUGAACGACGCGCUCGCCGGGAAUGGGCCCGCCUUUCGGCGGAUCGGGCAGAUCAUCGGCUUUCAGAGGAGUUGCACCAGCUCCAGGCCAAAUACGGUGAGCUCCUCCAGUCUUUCGUGGCCCUUUUCGGCGACCCAGGUCUUGCAGAUCGAGUUCUUGCAGUGGUACCAGCUCUUACGGACCUCUUGCAAGGACGACUUCCUGAGCAGUCGGUGAUUCUUCGCCGCAACGUAGCCAUGCAUGCUUCAGCCCCCCCUGGGCUAUGGAUUUCUUUAGCGUCGACCAGGGAGCUCAGGAAACUGCAAAAAGGGGCCAGGCUUCCAGACAAGUUGGCUAAGGCUCCCGACGCUGCCCCUUGCGCCCCGCAGGCGACGAACGUCCAGCAGGUGGAGCAUCUGGGCGGGCUUGGGAGCUGGGAGCCGUGUGGCGCUGCCAUUUAUUACAGGGCAGAGCCUGGCCCCCACCCCACGGCAGGGGAUAGAAAGGCAGACGCGGCUGGUGGUGAAGCUAAUUUUCAAGCGCGGCAGGGAGUUAGCCAGUGUGCGGACGUGGCGGGUGCGGCCCCUUCGGAGCCUGGUCUUUCUGUUGCGGCCGUCGAGGUGGAGUCGGAAGUCUCACAGGAGGAAGCCAGCACCAAUCUUCGGAGAACUUGCGCGGGGGGGCAUGAGUUGGGCGGAGAAGAGGCCAGUGACCAGGAGGACGCUGAGAUCGAUCCCUUCAGAGGCGCGACCGCCUACGCGCUCACGGCCAAGAGCUGCGUCGCGGGCCUCAACACCAGGGACCUCGCUCCCGCGGCUGGCCCGGCCCGAUGUCGACGGCCCGCCCUGGCUGCCCGGGCUGGCCCGCACGGCCACGCCCGGGAGCUUCCCCAUAUGGGCGCUCCCGGCACCGGCCCCGGGGGCGCGGCCGAGGCCGCCCGCGACUGCGCGGGGGCGCCCGUCGAGGCUGGCAUCUGCACGCCAGCGAACAGGAUGCUCGAUCUCUUUGUGGUGAGCAACUCGCUGCCGCUGGAGGUGCGUAAAAAGAACCGCAAGUUCCAGGGUUAUCAGGACGUCACGAACUCUGACCUCGCGGUGGCUCUCUUACGCAGGUCUCUUCAUAGGAUCAUUCACUUGGACUAUGCCGCUUCCAACCUGCUCGCCAGCUUCGCCAGCGGGCACGCAGACAGGCUCCACAAGCAGACAGCCCAGUUGAAGAUCGUCAAUUGGGACCGAUGGGUUCCGCCUGGGACCUUACUCAUGUUGCCAGACGUGACGCUCGAGGUUCUCUGCGCGUUGACCAGUGCGAUCGAUGCGCAGGCCGAGUGGCCGCGCGUCAUCAACAAGAAUGCUUUCUAUGGGCUCGGAGGUCCGGUCCUCGCAGCCGUCACGGGUCUGAUCCCAUCUCCAUUGCAGGACGUUGAUGAGGUCGUCUGGAUGCGAUGCUUUAGUUUCAGGGUUCAGCUCCACACUGGUGCUGAAUCGGUCGACGCCCGUGGCGCCGUCUCCGGGCACGCAGUGGCGCAAGCUGUCCCGAUCAAAGGGGAGUGCACCGCCUGCCUCUGCUCUGGCAGCGGUGGACGGUCCCUGCUGACGCCCCAAGUACUGUGUCGCGGCACUGUCGCCGUCAUGAAACAAUGGGGCAAGCUCCGUUUCGGCACCAGCGCACAGCGCACUAUAGAGGCGCAGCCCGCCCGAUAUGCCCUGGAAACUCAUGUCGGCAACCUGCGUGGCAUCCAGGCCGUGCAUGUAGAGAACGUUGGUCGGACCAUCGCCAUGGAUGACCUGAACUUCGUGCUGCAUGAAGCUGAUGGAAUCACCUCCUUCAUCAGCAUCGGCUGGUCCUGGCUCGGGUUCAAGGCUGUCCAAAAGGAGUCGGACGUCAAUCGCCAUCUCUGGGACCUCAGGGUCAGACCUGAAGUAAAGAUGGCGCUUGUAAGCCCCGAGCUUGACAAUGGCCUGCAGCGCCUCGCAAUACAAACGAGUAGGUUCUUCGUCCGCAACCUGGACGACGCCAUUGCCAUCGCGGGUCGCGUGGACGUGCGGGCGUUCUGCGAAUCCGACCACAUCUUCCAUUUCGGCCCCGUGCUCGCGCACGCCGGCAGCGGGGCGCAGGCUGCAGACAAUGAAGAGAACGGCGUUGUGGAGCGCCUGAGGCUCUCCAACCCGAAGGCCAUCCCCGCCAAGGUCACCCUCUCCGUGAAGGCCAAGGAAGAAGCAGAUGCGUCUGCCAAGGACAAAGGGAAGAAGGGUGCCAGCACCGAGGAAAGCCCGUUUGAG